AAGGAAGGUAACUCAAAAGUAAAUAGCUUUUUAGACCAAUGUACCACAUUUAAUAAAACCACAUCAUAGUGCUCACCGCUGUAAAAUGUCAUCGGAAUUAAAACAACGAAAGGCUUUAUUUCAUUUAUCUUUUCCCCUUAUGGGAAAGAUUGUUUGUGGUCUACCUCUUUUUGCAACUUUCUUUUGUGUUGUGUGGUCAGUUUUUUAUGAUUUUGAAAAGUCUACUGCUACACAUUGUAAGGUAAGUUGGCUUGGCCAUUCAUCAGGAACUGCACUCACAUUUCAUCCAAAAGUUAUCAGUUUCUUUCUCAUGUUGAUUAAAAAAUUAAGGGUAUUAUUUUAAAAAAAAUAAUAACAAUAAAAUCAAUUUUUGACAGGAGGUUGUGAAAUUAAAUUCAUCUCAGUUAAUUUAUUGUAAUUUGAGGAAAUAAAUAUUUGAACUCUCAAAUUUAAAGAAAUCUAAAUAUAUUUUUUUUCUUUUGCAGGUCAGAAACUAUCUUCCUUCUAUUAGUGCAGCCAUUGGUGGAUUUACUCCGCAGAGAUAUGUUUGGCGAGUUUGCAUAGCUCUUCAUGCUACACCUCGGUUUAUGAUUGCUGUUGCCUAUUACAACUUUCACACAUCAGUGAAUGUAGGAAAAAACAAUGAGCUCUAUAAAGGCAUAGCUGCUUUGACUAGUCUCUGCCAUAUUAUAGAGGUUGGUGCCCUGGUUGGCCUAACUUAUAUUUCGUCUUCUGAGAAUCAUGGUAUGUUUUUAUCAUCUUAUUUUCCUUUUUGUUUAGCUUCUAUAUGUUUCUUCAUCUUAUGCAAGUGAAAUAUUAAUGUUAAAAAUUAAUUGUUAUGGGAAUAAUUGACUGUUUAGUUUUAAUAUAUUUGAUUUCUGAACAGAUCUCCAUGAGAAUCUCUUCAUCUUGUUCAUGUCAAGUGCUUUGAUCUACAUGAUUCUAACAAUAUUUCUUUUCACCUGGGGACGCACACAAAGUGGAACGAUUAUGUCAUCUGAGGUUAGCAAAUACCUUAAUUAAUCUUGGUUAAUUUAUAUUGUCCAUUUUAAUGUGAGAGUUCAGUUUUUCUACUGAUGGUGAGACUCAGAGAAGGAUAAAAUCAAACAAGUUGUUUUUUUAACUGUAAUGUUGAUGGCUACAGGCUUUGAGUGUAUUUUUUUUUUUUUUUUCUUUUUACAUUUUUAAUUUUCUACUGAUGGUGAGACUCAGAGAAGAAUAAAAUCAAACAAUUUGUUUUUUUAACUGUAAUUUUGAUGGCUACAGGCUUUGAGUGUAUUUUUUUUUUUUUUUCUCUGUACAUUUUUAGUGAUCACCAGUGGCAUUGGGUUAGUUCAUGAUUAAAUGUCAUGGUGGGAUACACAACCUGAAAGCAGAUGUGUACUGCUUCUUUAAGGUAUUUAAUUUUUACCUAUCAUGUCAAUGAAAACAAAUGAAUAGUCACGAAAAGGGAUAUUAGUGUCACUAUUGAACAUUUAUUUCUAUUUUAGGAGAUUAGGUCCUUGUGGUGGAAGAGAAUGCUAUUUGCUUUGAACAUCUCGAUAUUUUUCAUCUCUGUCUACAUUUACUUUAGACAUAAUUGGUAUUGUGAACAUGGGGGUAAGUUCAUUGGAUAGAAAGAAUUUAUUUAAAGAUUUUAUGUGAUUUUUAAAAAAAAAAUGUUUAAAAAAAACUUAGAAAUGGAAAAUAAGACCUGAUUGUCCAAUUUGCUUUUCAGUGAAUCACAUGAACCAAAUUUUAGCUGGUAUUAACAAUAUCAGUUAAAACAAUUGUAUAAAAUUUGUAAUCAGAUUUAAUUGAUUAUUUACAACACUCGGGAAUAAAGAGCAUUAAAAAAAACACAAGCUACUGUACAUAAUAUAUGAAAUAUUUCUUUUGUUCUUAUUCACCUUGUUUAAAGCUUUGAGGACAGUCAGAGUUUCAAUUUGUAAACAUUUAAAAAAAAAACCUUGUUAAAAAUCUUACCUUGAGCUCAUUCUUUUAUGAUAAAAUUUUUUUAUUUUUCAAAUACAUUAUUUGCUCCUUUGCCUUCCCUACACCUCCAGUGUACACAGCGUUUGCUGGUUGUGAAUACCUUGUGAUAGUCACGAACAUAGGCUUUCAUGGCACAGCAAUAAUUGAUUUCUCCCCCUAUUCGCUGGCUUAUGCCCAAACUAGCCUAAUAGCUGAACGACUGCACCCAUUGCCCAGCACCAAGUUUAAACCAUCCUAGGUGUGUUUUUUUUUUUUUGUUGCUUUUUUUUUUUUUUUUGUUGCUUUUUUUUUUUUUAAAGUCUUGUUUGCUUCCCUAAGUUCUGUCACUUUCUUUAUAAAACGGGAAUACAAGGCAAAUUAAAUUUUAACUUUUUUCUUGUUUGACUUCAAAAUAUUAAAGAAAUUAACAGUGUUAGAUGAGGAAAUUUAAAGCUCAUUUGAGUCUAGCAGAUUGCUACAUACUUAAUACUUGUUGAAACAGAGCGCCACAUAAUAAUACGUUGAAAAAGAACCUAAUUUUUUUUCAUUGCUACAUAGUUUGGUCGUUAAAUUAUAACCAUUUUAUUUUUGCUGCCAAGACAACACUUUUUGAACUGGAGCCAAUUUUAAUGCUAAAUACUACAUAUAUAAUACUUGUUGAAUAUAGACCAAUUUUAACACAAAUCUUAUUUCUUUAAGUUGAUUUUUAUUCUGAUGUAAGCACAAAGGUAGUUUAGAUAAUGGUAGUUAAUGUAAGUCUGCCAAAUAGUUUAGAUAGUUAAUGUAGGUCUGCCAAAUUAUAUUUGUGGCAUUAUAAAACCAACAAAGUUGACAUUUUUCCUUGUUUUUAUACCAUUUAUUUUAAGAAACUUUAUACUGCUUCAUUUUCCAGAUGUUCUAGCUUUCAAAAAGAAUAAAAAAUUAUCCCAUGUCAUUACUAUUAAUAUUAAGAUACAAUAAAAUGAAUUUUCAAGUUAAAAUUUCAAAAACAAUAUGUCUUCUAUUCAUUGUGAAGCACCAAAGGUUAUUCAAAUACAGUUAACAAUCAUGCGACUCUCUUUAUUGAUUCAAGUCUGAGGAUUUUUUUUAUUAUUAAAAAAUUAUUUUUAAAGAAAUUGGAAACGCACUCAUGUCAAAGCCAUUACAAUAGUUUUUUUUGUCCUUGAUUUCUUCUCCUAGUGUACACAUUGUUUGCCGCCUGUGAGUAUGCUGUCGUGGUGACCAACAUUUCCUAUCAUUACACAUCUGUCCUGGACUUCAGAUCUUUUAGAAUUGCCCUUGUAAAUGGUGCUUCUGGAUUUUACAGUGACGGCUGGGCAUCAAAAGGCAGCUACUUACCUCUUUGAAUGUUUUCUUUUUAAUCGUUAUUUGUGAUAAUUGAGGCUUUUGAAACCAUAAUUAUAAAUAAUGUUUAGUGGAGCUGUGUGGUCGAAAACAUAUUUGCAUCAAACUUAUGUCUCUCCAACUUCAACAGGUUGUCAUGAUGUUGUUGUUUUCUCCCUUGAAUACAAAUUGACCCCCUGAUCAUUUUAAACAAUUUAAUGUAAAAUUUUCUAAUUGUCUUAUGUGGAGAAAGAAAUGUGUACAACACUGCCUCCAGAAAAAGAGCCCUUACUCUUGACUUGACAGCCCCCUAGUGCAUAGCAUACUGUUCAAAAUUUUCUGGCUUAUAUCCUGAUAAAUAUGAGACAAGUCUCCAGCUUUCAAUAGAAACUUAUUGGAUAAGUUAGAUUUGUAUUAUUGUUUUAGAUUUUACAAUGAAUAAUUAUAAACCACGGAAAUUGUUUCAUGUUAUGUUUUUUAAUUAGUGUACAUUAGAUGGCAGCAUUUGAAUGCUUACCAAUGCAAAUUGUACAGAUUAAAUUUAGAAAAAAAAAGUAGUUGCUUUCAUCCUCCUAAAUUCCUCUAGUGAUGCCAGCAGCUCUGUGUUACAGUUACAGCUGGUCAAUGAAAUAAAAAUGAUUUUUGGCCUCUUUUUGAUUGAUUUUUCUGAUGUCAUACACAUUGAUUUUGUUCUUUGAAAUGUUUUAUAGAUGUUAAAUUAUGUUUGCUUCUUAACUUGUUGAAAAAAAUUAUUUAAACUAACAGUAUGUUAAAUUAAUUUUAUAUAUAUAUAUAUAUAUAUAUACACACACACACCAUUUACGCUGAUACUUAUUAUGAAAAUUUAUUUUUUUAAUAUGAAAAAACGAAUAGUCUUCCUUUAACAGGGUAUAAAAAAUUGUUGCCUGUGUGGUAAGACAACACAUAAUUGUUUUGUUGCUUUGAAGAGACUGUCAUGUAACAAAAAAAAAAUUACAUGCAAUUAAAUAUGUUUACUUAAAUGUAUUAUACCAUAAUGAAAGUUAUGCUGCAGAGUUUGAGAAAAUAGUUCUGAAUUCAGCUGAAAAGAUGGGGGCUAAUAACAGAACAGAAAACUCAUAGAACAAAAUCUCUUGACAAUUUUUCUUCUAUGUAAUCCUAGUGUGUAAGAAAUUGCCACCCAUGAAGCCUCUUAGCAGCGGUUAUGGCUCCUGUCACGGAGCUGUGUACCUUUGGGGCUGGAACCCAAGGAUUGAAUUUAUAAAUCAUUCCAUCACAUUAUAAGUCGCAUAAAAUGUUCUUAAAUUUGUGUCAAAUGUGGAAACUGUAAAAAUGUGGCUCUACUCUAAGGAGGCUAGUAUCUCAUACCGCCCGAGCUUGUGCAUGUAGAUAAUCAUGUCAUUUGAAUUGAGGGCAAGGAUAACAGAUAUGGAAGCAUCUGGUAAGGUUGUUGGUAAGGACUGGGUGAGCAGAACAUCACAAGAAAGAGACCACAAAGAUCUGUCACAUCUUAAGUGAAGGUUUUGUCACAUGUCGUCAACUGCAGGUCACCACAAUUAAACGUUAUCAUAACUUAAUUUCUCAGUGAAUUGUUACUUUUUAGAGGUAG